UUUUUCAGGAUGGCGUUUCAUCAAAUAAUUUUAUUAUUCACAAUAAUCUUCCUGUGGCAUAUCCUAGCAAAUGCACAAGACUCAAUGGAAAAUAGGGAAGGCUACUUUUCACCUGGAAAACCGAGACAUCUCUUCCUGCACCAACCCCAGAGGUCAACGAGGAAAAUCUCGCAAAGGGCCUUCCAAGACAUGGACCUCUUCACCGCCAGAGGCUAUGGAAAGAGGGGUUCAGAAUGCUUUGGAAACACGUGCGGAAAACGGAUACCAGCAUUUUCGGGGGCUAGGUUGUACGGCAAGAGGAACAUCGAUAUGAAUCAGCUGAAAUGUUUAUUUGUGGAUUGUGGGGAUUUGGACAAACACUUGAGGAUCACUGAUGAGAUCACCAACAGAAAGUUCAGAAGCGAUGAGGACGUUUUCACGGAUUGAGCGAUUGUAUAAUUCAUAAGGAAUUUAUUUGUGAUUCUGAAUGUAAAUGUUGUACCCAUAAUAAUGUAAAUUAUUGUCGAAUCGAUCUAAGGCUUUCACUUCUCAUUUCACAUAGUAAAACUACUUGAAAUAAAUCGAAUUUCUUUUAA